AUGGCACCCUGUCCACCACGAUCUCUUGGUCUCUGGGGGCGCAGAGGGCUCCAUUUAUUUCUGGACACUAUCGUCAUCUACUCCGAGUGCACCGCGGGCUACAAUGGAUCAAGCACACGAAUCAAACGUCUGGGCUCUCGCGUACCACCCCUAGGACAUAUCUUAUGCACCGGCUCUAAUGACCACACCACCCGAUUCUGGUGUCGUGACCGGCCCGGCGAGGGUCUUAGUGGUACCGCCACCAGUGCGAUGGAGGAGAGCACUGAGGAUGACGGGUACGAUGCGUUGCCCGGAUUUGGUAUGGCGAGCUCCGGGAUGAAUAUGACAGGUCAGGAUGGAGGGCAAGGUGGAAUGGAAUGGGAAGUGGGCAAUGUGCGACCAGGGACCGGUGCUUGGGGCACGCAGGGAGGUGAUGAAUUUAUCCCUGGUUUUGGCAAGUCCACAUUACCUGCUAGCAAUGACAAUGGUGGAAGUGGAUCUGGACGUGCUCCUCCACCGCCUGGCUUCGGCAUGGAUGAUGUAUACGACAACCGUGGAGGGGGCGGACGUGGUGGAUAUGGUGAUCGGGAUUAUAGUGGUCACCAACGUGGUGGUCGGGGCGAUGGCAGGCGCGGUGGGCGAGGCGGUCGUCGUUGGGAUUAA